UGUCAGCGAGCUCAUCAAGGUUGUUUCACGUGCAGCGGAUGCCUCGGACUGGGAUCAAACUCGCUCGCCCCCCGACCGCCGACUAGUCCCUUACCUCUCCCCGUGAGGCUGCGCGCUCAUACGCUCCUGUACGGGGUCUCCCAUCACCCAUCACUGUCACCUGUCUCGUUUAUGAGCAGGGCCUUCCGAGCCUCCAUAUCUACGUGGCAUCUCAUUUUAUUUCAGCGCCUCAGACAAGAACUUGGCUGGAGAGUCUGCAGGUCCGACAAGGGAUGGUUGACGGCUUAUGCAACGCCACGCCAAAAUAUCGGAAGGAUGCCAGAGGGCCUGGAGCUCACGGUGUCUCAAAUCGAUGAUGACCGGCCUCCCAAUAUCGUGUCUGGUUGUUUGAUCGAGUGAAGUUGAUGUACUUCGGUCAGAGAGAGA